AUGAGUGAUUAUUAUCCAGACCGAGAUCCACCUAUGCCUGGAUUUAGUGGCCAGCAACGUGCACCAGCAUCAGCUCGUGACUAUUCACGCGGGGGUCACUACAGUGGACACUCAAAUGCUCCAGCAGCUUCAACUUCCCACAACGUGCAGCAGUAUCCAACACCAUCAUCGCGUACUUACAACGCUCAAAACAUUCCUCCAAAUGAAAACCAUGAGCUAAAUCUUAAUGAAAUAUCUGGUCCCCAUAACAACAGUUACUCUGAUCUUCCAGAUGACCAAUCUUCUCCUCGAUUCAUUGGAAACUCAAGUAACAUUGGUCACUCUGUUCAGCAGUUCCCUCCACGGGACGACUAUCAGCAUUCAUCUUCUGAUAUGUCUCAACCUCAAACAUCUUCAGAUGAACAAAAUCCAGCCCCAAAUGUGAGGAAUCAAACUCACUUUAAAGAACUAUUCGAUUAUCUUGAAAGGCUGCGUAACUAUCAUUUUUACUGGCAUCAACAAUCUCUGCACUACCGACAUUAUAUACAAUCUCAAUUAAAGCGUUUACAAGAGGAGUGGAGACAUUACACUCAAGUACAACAAGAUCUCUACAUUCAGCAGAAGCAAUGUCAAGCACAACUAAAACAUAUUCAGCAGCAUGGCCCACGCCAGUUCAAUGUCUCUCAUCAACUUCACUCAAAUGCUAUUGAAAAACGCAUUGAUCAGCUCGAAAAACAGCGUUUGGAGCAGAUGCGAUUGCAAGACCUUCUUCUUGUGAAACAAAACCAGUUACAUCAACAAAUCCAAGAAAUGGACCAGUACCGACAAGUAAAUGUUCAUGAAAGUUUACAUCAACAAUUUCACGAGCUACAAUGUGGAAUUCAGCAGUUCUAUCUUCAGCUGGAGAAAGAUAGGAGAGAAUUCCACUCGGAGUAUGAAGAGCAGAAAUUUCAAUUGCAAGAAACCAUACGGUUUGAGAACAAUGAAAUAUUAAGGCAGCUUCGUGAAUUUGAAGGUAAUGUAUACGCUCAGAUUGAACAUAUCCAACGACAGCAGGAACAUGAAAAUGAUUUUACACAACAGCUUCAUCAAAUGCAACAGGAUUUGCUAGCGCGGGUUCAGGAACUUGAACAGGCCGCACAAGAGGAUGUGCAAGAAGAGCAACUGCAAGUACAACCUCAGAUUGUUCCUCUUAAUGUCCCGGAUCAGAUCCACGCUCAUGGUGGCCUUGGAUUAGAUGUGGAGAUGGAUCCACCGGCAGUUGAUGAUCGAGACCCCAACGCUCUACAUUAUCUGGAACAAGGCCUCCAACAAUGGUUUCAAUGGAUCCAGCAAAACCCACAACCAUUAGUUGGCCAUGUAGCCAACAUUCACGCGAUGUUGGAAAACAACCCACAAAACCAGCUGUCUCUUCAAUUGCUGGUGCUGCAGUACGUGAUGAAUUUCAGGGCUUACAUGAAGCAAAUACGUCGCGACGUGAUGACACAGCACCAAAUUAAUGUUCUUCAGAAUGACCGCUUAGAGAGAUUAGUAAAGCAAUUACAACACCAAGUGGCUGCCCUAUGGCACCAAGUAGCUAAUCAUCAUAGAAUACUCACUCAACUGCAAGAAAGGCAGAAUCGUCAAAAUUAAUUCACGUG